AGAAGGGUGUGGAAAGCCAUUGGUCAGAGCCAGCCUUGUUUACUAUUCAGAUCUCUUCUUAGUUAACUUAAAUAACUAAACUGAGCUAGGCACAGUGACAGUUCAAGGGAGAACAAAGUGUCUUCAGUAGUUCCUGAAUCGAAGACAAUACUGCUGACUUACACAGAAUUUCCUGGUCCUGGAACUGGCUGCUCACCUUAUAUGCUCUACAGUGGAAAUUAUUGGUGCUAAACAUAACACAAGAAUAUUUUUCUGGAGAAUAAAUUUACACCAUUGAGAAUUUGUUUCAGUUCUUCCAAGGCAAAUGAGGUAAAGAAAACGUGCACAGAAUCAGAUGUUUCAGAGGUUCAGAAUUCCAGGUCUAUGGAAAUGCAGGAUCUAACAAGUCCUCAUAAUCUUGGAAGCAGUGAUAAUCCGGGUAGUUCCAAACUGGAUAAAUCUAAUCUCAGCAGCACAUCCAUCACCACAAAUGGAACAGGAGGAGACAACAUGACUGUUUUAAAUACUGCAGACUGGUUGCUGAGUUGCAGCACUCCCUCUUCUGCAACAAUGUCUCUUCUUGCAGUCAAAACAGAGCCUAUGAACAGCAGUGAAACCACCACCACUACCACAACUGGAGAUGGAUCGCUUGACACUUUUACUGGGUCAGUAAUAACAAGUAGUGGCUACAGUCCAAGAUCAGCCCAUCAGUACUCUCCGCAGAUCUAUCCCUCCAAGCCCUAUCCACACAUUCUUUCUACACCAGCAGCUCAAACAAUGUCUGCCUAUUCCGGACAGACCCAGUAUUCAGGAAUGCAACAGCCAGCAGUCUAUACAGCCUACUCACAGACUGGACAGCCUUACAGCUUACCUACUUACGAUUUGGGUGUAAUGUUGCCAGGCAUCAAGACGGAAAGCGGGCUUUCGCAAACGCAGUCACCACUGCAAAGUGGGUGCUUGAGUUAUAGUCCGGGUUUUUCCACACCACAGCCAGGCCAAACACCGUAUUCUUACCAAAUGCCAGGUUCUAGUUUUACACCCUCAUCUACUAUUUAUGCAAACAAUUCAGUUUCCAGUUCUACAAACUUCAGUAGUUCACAGCAGGAUUAUCCAUCCUACACAGCUUUUGGCCAAAACCAAUAUGCACAGUAUUAUUCAGCAUCAACAUAUGGAGCGUAUAUGACCUCAAACAACACAGCUGAUGGCACCUCUUCAUCAUCAUCAACCUACCAGCUACAGGAAUCUCUCCCUGGCCUGAAUAGUCAACCAGGUACAGAUCUUCAUCCAGGAGAGUUUGACACAGUACAGAGCCCCACAACACCGAUCAAAGAUCUUGAUGAGAGAACGUGUCGGAGUUCUGGGUCAAAGUCCCGGGGUAGAGGGCGGAAGAAUAAUCCAUCACCCCCUCCGGACAGUGACUUGGAGCGUGUAUUUGUUUGGGAUUUAGAUGAAACCAUCAUUGUUUUUCAUUCGCUGCUUACAGGAUCCUAUGCACAAAAAUAUGGCAAGGAUCCACCAAUGGCAGUGACACUGGGCCUGCGAAUGGAAGAAAUGAUUUUUAAUCUCGCUGAUACACAUUUAUUCUUUAAUGACUUGGAGGAAUGUGAUCAAGUUCAUAUAGAUGAUGUUUCUUCUGAUGAUAAUGGACAAGAUCUAAGUACCUACAGUUUUGCAACUGAUGGCUUCCAUGCAGCUGCAAGUAGUGCAAACCUUUGUCUGCCAACAGGUGUAAGAGGAGGGGUUGACUGGAUGAGGAAGCUGGCUUUCCGUUACAGAAGAGUAAAAGAAUUGUAUAAUACUUACAAGAACAACAUAGGAGGUCUCCUUGGCCCUGCUAAAAGGGAUGCAUGGCUGCAGUUAAGAGCAGAGAUUGAAGCUCUGACAGACUCCUGGUUGACAAAUGCACUUAAAUCAUUAUCAAUUAUUAGCACUAGGAGUAACUGUGUAAACGUUUUGGUAACAACCACCCAACUUAUCCCAGCACUUGCAAAAGUCCUGCUGUACAGUUUAGGAGGUGCUUUUCCUAUUGAAAAUAUUUACAGUGCAACCAAAAUAGGAAAAGAAAGUUGCUUUGAACGAAUAAUGCAAAGGUUUGGCAGAAAAGUAGUAUAUGUUGUAAUUGGGGAUGGUGUAGAAGAAGAACAGGCAGCAAAAAAGCACAACAUGCCUUUCUGGAGGAUAUCAAGUCAUUCGGACCUCUUGGCUCUACAUCAAGCACUGGAACUAGAGUAUUUGUAACUGUGUUCUAUAGUUGGCGAGCCUUUUUAUAUUUCAAGUACACUGAAUUUUUAUGUGUGAUUCGAUGCCUCUGGCUUAACACAUAUGAAUUGUCUUAAGAAGGGAAGAAAUAUUUGGAAUGAAAAUUCCAAAAUGAAGAAUUCAGAUUGCUGAAUCGAGUUAAAAAUGUUAGCGCUACAUAAGGAAGCUCUAUGGUCUUAUAUAUGCAACGUUUUAAAUGAAUAAAAACUAUGAAAGUUGCUGGUACACACCAAAUGAGCCCUAACGGGAGUGAAUAAAGAACUCACGCUGACAAAGCACGAACAUGCGUUUUCUGACCGACAAGGUGGUGGUCGACAACAUUCCUCAAUAUGGGAUAUACUCUCAGCACUGAGGUUUGAACCAGACUUUAGCCUACCUAACCCAGAAAAUCUGAAUUGGAAUGCACUCAGACUGUAUAAUGACAAUCUUGUCUAGACCUCUAAUUUGUGUAAAUUAUUGAUGAAAAUAAUUUACUGUGACUUUAUUAGCAGCUGAUUUUUGGAAGUGGAUGCAAUUUUUCUUUUUGGGGGGGGUUGUAGGGAAGGGUUAUACAAUUGUCUCUUUUAUAAGUUUGGCAAAUGGAACAUGCAUAAAUGAUGUGUUGUGCCUUAAAGACAUAAGACAACCAUGUUUGUGUGUUACAAUGUAAUUCUGGUUAACAACUAUGUAGAUAAACCAAGAGUUGUGAAAAUUUUUGACAUGACCAAAUUUCAAAUUCAAUUGAAGAGCAGGACUGCAUCAAAAGCAGCUAAAUAUGUUGCAGUUAAAAAAAAACUAAAUAAAGAAAAGUUUGUGGUUUUUA